CAUCGGAGAGAGCUGCUGCUCCCCCGGACUGGAGGGACGAGGAGGCGCAGGAGAGGCAGCGCUCAUGUCACUCAGAAGGAAACAUGAGGAGACUCAGCAGCUAGAAAAGGGUGGCGAGGAGGAAGAGGAGGAGGAGGAAGGAGUCAAGAACAAUAAGCGAGGGGAGAUCACUUGGACCAACGACUGAGCAUUUAGAGUCGGUGAGAAGCUCCAAACGUGUUGGGCAGAUUCCACGUUGUGACGAAAAUGACACAGGAGCAGAAGCAACACCAACAGCAAGAAACGUAAAGUGACUGAAGAAGAAGAAGAGCAGGACAAACACGCAGAGUCCUCGCGUGUCCCCUUCGUCCAUCCCCUGCUCAGCCCAGAUGAUGAUGUAUUUCUGGGGCAACCAUGAGGCCCUAGCUCCCCCUGAAGCCAUGGCCCAACCCUUCCCACCGGCCCAGUACCCCCCUCCACCACAGAAUGGCAUUCCAGCCGAGUAUGCAACGCCCCACGCUCACCAGCCAGCAGACUAUACAGGACCAAGCACGGUGGGCGAGCACGCCUUGGCGCUGUACACAGCAACACACACACAGAGCAAUCAGCCAGGGACCGACAGCCACGCCCCCUCCCUGACAGCCAACACAGUAACGCAGGAUGAGGAGGUUGUACAGACGGAGGGCUCCCAGCAGCUCCACCUGCAGUCCAGCGAUUCAUCGGAGAAGCUGCAGCCCAAGAGGUUACACGUCUCCAACAUCCCUUUCCGUUUCCGAGACCCCGACCUCCGGCAAAUGUUCGGGCAAUUUGGCAAGAUUUUAGACGUGGAGAUUAUUUUUAACGAGCGAGGCUCCAAGGGCUUUGGGUUUGUAACAUUUGAAACGAGUGCAGAUGCUGACCGUGCACGGGAGAAACUAAAUGGUACAAUCGUAGAGGGACGCAAAAUAGAGGUCAACAAUGCCACGGCCAGAGUGAUGACCAACAAAAAGGUGGCCAACCCUUACGCCAAUGGCUGGAAGCUGAACCCAGUGGUCGGAGCAGUAUAUGGCCCAGAAUUUUAUGCAGUCACAGGGUUUCCUUACCCGGGUACAGGAGCAGCUGUGGCCCAUCUGAGAGGAAGGGGUCGCGCCGUCUACAACACAUUCCGUGCUGCACCUCCUCCUCCACCCAUCCCGGGCUAUGGAGCUGUGCUGUACCAGGACGGCUUUUAUGGAGCAGAAAUAUAUGGAGGGUACGCAGCCUACAGAUACGCCCAGCCGGCUGCUACUGCUGCAGCUGCAUACAGUGACAGUUAUGGCAGAGUCUAUGCAACAGCAGACCCAUACCACCAUACCAUUGGUCCUGGAGCCACAUAUAGCGUGGGCACUAUGUAAAUAAAAGACUAGAGGGAUGAUUACAGACGGCCACCAACUAAAAAAAGAGAAGAACUACACGGACACAGCUAAAAAAAGAUCAGCUAAAACAAAAAGAUCCUAUUUGUAAAGGAGCCCUUCUAUCAAGAACGGCAGUGAAGACGGACGCUCCGAGGCCACAGCCGGUGGUCCUGGGGGGGGGGGGCGCCCACCCUGGACGAUUGGAGGAGACCAACUACAGAAGUCACCAUAAAACAUUUUAUUUUUGUAAACUUUUUUAAGUUUAUGAUUUCCAAAAGGAGCAAACAUAAUGUAUGUAUAUACAUAUUAUAUUAUGUGUGUAACAGUAAGUAUGUUAAAAAAAGAGCAUAUUUGUGUCUUUCCAGUGUAGCUGAGGAGAUGCUGGCCUCGCCCCCCCCCGAUUACCUCCUCCCUCACCCUCUGCUAGAUGGAGCGGGGUUGUGGUGGGUGGGGGCGUGUUACUGUGUUGGGGGGUGGGGGUGGUCUGCACAUAAUAAAUGCAGUAAUCUAGUUGUUACUCGUUCUGUUGAGCACUUCGCAUUUUGUAGAUUCCAAAAAAACAAGAAGGACAAAUGCGUCUGUGCGAAGAAGAUCCUGGAGAACGCUCAGACGGUCUGCUCGAGGCCUCGCUGCCCCCCCCAUCGCCACUAAAGUGUCGUGGUGCUGGUGUGGAGUGAACUGCUCGGUCGGGACGGGCGGGGCCGAUGGCACAGGAAGCCGAGAUAAAGUCUCCCCCCCACUCGUCAGCUCCCCCCGGCGAGAAGGGACGCUGGGUGGGGGCGGGUUGGGCGGCUUAUAUGAAGUCAAAAAAAGUGUCACGAUCAAACAAACGUUUUACUAAGAGUCUCUUUCUAUUUAAAUGGAUCUCUGCUUUAAUGAAAUCCUUCUAUAUUUAAACGUUGUACUAAUAACAGUCAGGCUUGGUGGGAGAGUCACUUGUAGCCGUUUACUAAUGUCGUAUUUAUUGUAUUACCAGUAAGGAGAAAAAAACUUUAUAUAUGAAUAUAGAUAUAUCUAUUUGUGAUCUGCAACUCUUGGACAUAAGUUUGCCUUUGAUUUUCAACUUCCAAGCAGGAUUCAAUGCACUGUCGAUGUAUGAUGAGGUUUCUACUUGUGUGACGUUUCCUUUCCUUUAUUCAGCUACUGAAUGUAUCUUCAAAAACUCUAAAACCUUUUAGGUAGAUGUUGUUGUUUCAUUUAUACUUCAAAAGAAAAACACACAGCGCUCUGUAAAAUGUGUAAAAUGUGUAAAUGAUAUAGCAAAAUGUUUCUGAUAACAUGCAGGACCCAGAUAGGGUGCAGCGCCGUGGUCCCAAAAUGAGAGAGAGUGAAGGAAAAAGGCAGAGAUGAGGGAAGUAUUUAAAAGGAACACCAAUAUCCUGCAUCCAGCGGGAGAGACAGAAAUGUGUAUCAUCACAUUUGAUAAGAACAAAGAGACGGACUUUUGCCUCCUGUGUGAGACGGAGGACGAAAGGUCUCCUUUGAGGUUCAUGGGGUGGACAAAAUAGCAGAUACUUCACUUGGUACAUCAUGAUGUGGACACCGAGUUGAGUCUAAAUGGGUUCAUACUACUUUGAUUAUUAGCAACAAUGAUAAAAGAAUGAUCUGGAAAAAUGGGGACAUUUUUAUCAUUAUUUAUUACUUUAAUGAAUAUAUAGCAAAUUUAAUCUGCCCCUUUAUACAUGUGUGUGCGUAACUAAAUUAUGAAUUACCCUGCAAAUAUCAAAUAUCUUGAGCUUUUAUUGAGAACGGCAAGUAAAGAUCUGGUCUUUACUGCCUCUGUCGGGCUUAAAGGGUUAUUAAAGUUUGACGCCCUGCAGCCGUUUCAUAAAUGUUAGUGAUUGCAUCACCAACAGCUCGAAAAAAUCCACCUGGUUUUGGUCCCUUACUGUUUGUGCCGUGUGGCAGAACGGCUACAACAACAGUUUGAGGCCUUUAGUGGUGGACUGGUGGACCCACAUGAGGCGAUCCGCGUCAUUAUUACACAGAAAAAUGUCCUCAUCUCAGGGUGCGUUUGUUUUCUACAGAUUAAACCUGAUCGUUCUUAGUGUACUAUGCAUUAUGUACAUGUGAUUAGAUAUUUUUAGGUGUGGAUUUCGUUGAAAAACUGCUUUUCUUUUAAAGCUGACAAACAACUUACGGAUCUGAUGUUGAAUGAGCUCAUUUAUUUUGUGAUUCUGUUAUUUUGUCCACUUCCUGUAGAGCACAGUGUGUAAUGAUGAAAGUGGAGUGACCUGAGGUGCCCCCGGGUAGGUGGCCUUCGUCCUCUCCAGUUCAACUCCCCCUAUGAGCAAAGACCCCCCAUGCAGCUGCAUUCCUUUCUCUAAGUCAUGUGACGUGCCGGUGCCAGCGUGCUCUGAAUCAACUUGAAGGUCAGUCUGAGUGGUUGUGUCCAGUGGACGGCCUUUUUAAUGCCUGUCCACAACUAUCACUCAGCAUUCAGCUUUUUCAGUGGGAUGAUGAAGUAAAGACACAAAGACAGAAGAGGAACCUACUGGGACUUUUACAGAAAACAAUCUCAUGAAAAACAACUAACGAUGUCAAGAGAUCCAUGUAUCCUCCAAUCUCUGCCAUGUUCUUCCGCACUUUUCUGUUCUUUUUGUUUUUCCGUUGAAGACUUCCUUCAUGUUUACAUGUGCUGUAAAGGCGUCUGUCCAUCAUUAGUGGUUGGAGAGGUUUAAAAAAUAUUUGGCGUGAAUCAGCUUUUAUUCAGAUAUGUCUGAUUACUCAAAUCCUAAGAAAAGCCUUCUGAUGAAGCAAGCAUGUCGUCCUUUAUCUUGGUCCCUUUGUCCUUCCGUCCCUGUUCCCUCCCUUCACCUGCUUUACAGUACACAUCUAUAUGACAAAUCCUUGUGCUUCCUACCUAAACACAUGUGGGUCAGUGAAAAUCCCCCUGUUCCUUUCUAUUGUGCAGACCUCGGAUGCAAGCCCAAAAGGAACUAUUAUUCCCUGAAACCUCCAGGCAUCGUUGCCAACCCCCCCAGUGUAACCCAGCUAGACCCAAUCUACCAUCCAUGAGCCAAAACCACACCUACCUCCCCAUGUAACCCACUGACCUCCACCAUACAGGCCACAGUGUACCUUCUGGAGAGACACAUGUUCUGCUCAAAUUAAACACGUUUCUUCCACUUCAGCCCAAACUGUGUAUUUAUCCGCAGUGGUCAGAAGCAUCAUAGAAAUGAUCUUAUCUUAUCUUACAACUAUUCAAUCCACUUCAAAAGUGUUGGUGAAUGUUUGAAAUCCUAUGUGGAGCAGGUCGUACUUCAUGUCAUUGUACCACAAAAAGAAAUCAGUAUCAGGGUACAUUAAACUGCUUUGGUUGUCCCCAAUUGCACAACUUAAAAGAUAGAAAAAAUAUAUCACACACUCUAAAUGUAUAUAUCUUCACCCGUGCAGUUGACUAUAGAUUGACUCACCACCUUGCUAUGUGGUUUGACUUGUGGUGUGUGGUUUCUUAUGUUUUUGCAAGGUUUCAACAAGGAUUUCCAACUUAAAUAAGAAGUGUGUUAACUAAAAAACACAGCUUGCUGAAAAUGUA